AUGUUUGAACAGGCAGCAUCAUUAAUUUUGCUGGGAUUCUUCUGGAAUGCAGCCUCUGCUUCCUUCCAGAUUUACAGCAUCCCUAGUAUGAAUGGUGAUUACAUCCAGCAGACAGUCACCAUAGACAAUGAGAAGAAAGUAGCCAUCAUCCACGUCCACGAGGGGUCCUGCUCUUCUGAUACAAUUUUUGACUAUAAGCAUGGAUACAUCGCCAUGAGGAUCUUCUCCCGGAGAUCUUGUUUCGUGAUGAAGAUGGAAAAAGGCUACAUUCCAGAAAUUGAAGAAAUUGGCCGGUUGGCUUAUGAGAAACAGAUGAUGCGUCAAAUGCUGUCCGGAAGAAACCUAUGGGUAAAAUACGAAGCUGGAAAUUCUUUCUUGGGAGAAAUCAAAGAAUGGCUUGUUUUUGGAAAACACAUCGAGCAUCUCUGCAAGCACAUACCUGUUUAUAAAGUUGAACGCGUUGAACAUGAAGUACAUUCCAGUAGUUGCGUCAAGGCUGGCAUCUUAAAUAUUUUGGGUAUUUCCAUUUGUGGAACCCUGAAUUAGCCUUGGAGCCUCUGAA